AGAUACAAUCUCGAACGCGUGCAGAAAGCUGGAUCAACGGCUCCCAAAGGCCUUGUGGACACAAAGAAGAAGGACAUCGAAAAGUGCGAGAAGAUGGCGGCUGCUCUCAAGACUCUGAAGCUUGCAAAUAUGGCCGCUGUUUCCGUAGGCAUGGUAGGCUUUCUAGGCAAGUGCAAAUUGGAGAGUUUAGAAAUGACGAAGAAUAUUGAGAGGUUAUUACUUAAACACUACCCCGAUCUGGAAGGAGAACCUACCGUGGCCCUGGAUACAAUUGCACCCAAGGACAGCGGGGAUACAGAUUCGGACUCGGAUUCGGAUUCAUCCAGUAGCAGUGAUAGUGACAGCGACAGCGAUGGUGACGACAAAGCUUCAGAGGCCUCGAAGAAGACCCGUGAAUCGAAAGAAAAGACCGAGGCUUCAGCGAGUACCUCAGAUAGUAGCAGUGGCAGUGAUAGUGACGGUGAAACGAAGGUCAAACAGGAGGAAGUGAGCGCGACAAGCAAGGCUGAGACGCCAAGCGCAGCCGUUGAACCCAAAGCGUUUACGGAAACUGGCGAAAAGGCUACAAGUACGACAGAGGGGAAACCCACCGUCACAGAUACGCCCAAGGGUACUGACGAGGACAAACCAGUGGCCAAAAAGGUGUUGGGGCCCCCUAAUGUGGUGCGGUUGGCGGCGAUUCGACUGUUAAGAUCAGAGCCCGUGGAGAAGGUACGCCAGGAGAUACUCGUGCGAGAGAAAGAACGUGCCGAGAAAGAAAGGAUAGAAGCCGAGAAGGAGGAUGUCAGGAAGGAAGCACAGCGAAAGGCAAAGGAGAAGAAAAGGGCCGUACUCGCUGACGAUGGCAGUGAAGACGAUUUACCGGGUAUGAUCAAGGCCCCGGAGAAGAAAAAGCGCAACCGAAUGAGUCAGCAGGCACGAAGGAAAUUGGCUGAGGAAACACACGGGAACGAGGCCAACCAUAUCAAGAAUUCCAAACCUAGGGAUGCAAAUAAGCCUAAGGAUGUAACGAAGGAUGCGAAGCCUAAGCAGCCAGUUGUUGAAAUACCGGCGGAUGUCCACGCGUCUUGGGCCGCUGCGAUGAAACGGAAGGCACAGACGGAAGCUAAAUUCGAUGGAAAAAAGAUGAAAUUCGAUGACUAAGGGAGUCUGAUACUGUAAAUAAAAGAAAUAAUAACUCUCUGACUCCUGAGCUUGUGGGGAACCAGAAACUGUUGUUUUCUACAAUGGCGCAAAAAAAGCAUAAUAUAG